CAUCGAAGCAAGAGUUUUCACACCCACCCACAAAGUGAUGGCCAUUCGACGUUGGCGUUUGUUUACGGUUGAAAAUUGUUAAUUUUUCUUCAGUUUUCUCGUGUAGUUUUGUGAAAAAGUUUAGUUAAAGUGCGGAUUAGAUUAGUUUCUUUGUCGAGCAAAAGAAUUUGAAUGGAUUUGUGUUGAUUUCGUUGGUGAAAUUUGAUCGUUUCAAGUGAACCCCUUCAUCAGGAGAGAAAGGUUUCCUGCUACUUCUCCUCCUCCAGCGACUGGCACCAGCUUCCGAAAGGCGUUUAAAGAGCCACUGAACCGUGUGAUAGUUGUGCAACGAAUAACAAAACCUCGAUAUGGUACGAACAGUGAGUGAAUAUCUGUCGAGGCGUCAACACCUCGCGGCGACCAUGGCGGGUUCGCGAAAUCGAGUGCCUUCCCAGCAGAUUCGGGACGAUUUUCUGCUGGAGACCAACUUUGACGACGACGGAACGCUAACCCGGGCUUACAACACGCUCAACAGCCAGCAGCAACAGUACGGUGGAAAUGGCCAGAUCAAUGGAAACCGGGAGUCGGGUGGACCAAUCCAGCAGCAGUUUCGGGCGCCCAGCCGGAGGAGUCUGGCGUACCGGUCAAAUAUGUCCGUGGACCGGUACUCGGACAAUACGAUCCACGGUCGGCAGUCGAAAGGCGACUGCUGCAAAUCAUGCAUGACCCGGAUACCAUAUGCGACGCUGAUCGCCACGGUCAUGUGCCUUAUCGGCGUGGGUAUCUUCUGCGGAACCAUGUACCGGGGUACAUCCUUUGCCAUCAUCAUGCUGGACCAGGUGUUCCACCUGCGGUUGAUGUGGAUUGAAGCCGUUCAGAUGAUCUUCGUAGUGAUCGGUGCUUCGAUGGCGGCGCUCGGGUUGAUGAUCCUGUUUGUGGGAUUUUUGGCGACCGGUGCGACCCGCUACAAGGUGUACCGGGCGUGGGGAUCGCGCGUUGGUGGUCGCAUCUCGUGUGCGGUGUUUAUGGGAAUCACGUACAUUCUGAAGAUUGUGUGGAUCUUGAUUCUGUGCUUCCUGACGGUGGUAACGUUCAUCUUUACCGUGUUCUGGAACAUGUGCGCCAACCCGAACGUGCAGUCGCACAAGAAUUGCAUCGAUUUGACGCAGUUUUACUUUAUGUUCCCGGCCGGAGUCGCCCAGCAGGACAUGAACAUUUGCGAGACCAAGGUGAAGGCCUUCUGCAAGGACGGCGUCGAAAAGUGCGAAAUCAUGUUCAUCCUGGCCACGGUCAGUUGCCUGCUGAUCAUCCUCAGCCUGGUGCACUAUCUGAUGUGUCUGGCGGCGAACUAUGCCCACAUUCGGGACCACGAGAAGUUCCAGGAGCUGCAGGAGAUCCAGAAUCUGACCGAGAUGGAGUACACUACGUCCUCGAAGGAUCGCUUCUAGGAUACGGCCCAGGAGAUUUAUAUUGAGAACAGCGGCGCCACAUGAUGGUCUUCGUCCCGCGCGACCUGCUGCGGCUGCGGUGGCUCGGCCGCUACACGACGAGCAGCUUUCGUUUAGAUUUUUAGUUGACGCGCACUCAGUUCAAGCAAUCUUUCAAUCGCGGUAAGUCCACGUUUUAGUCGUUUAAGUAUUUUCGAUUCUCUCGCUCCAAGGCGAGCGAGCUGGUAUGAGUUUAUCCGUCCGCAAAACCCUUUAUCGUUAUCAUUCCCCCAAAACGAAGAUAUCAUUUAAUCUCUCCCCCACCACCAACUCUGCUCAAUGUAAUCCCUCCUGGAAGCGCGCUAAGAUAGAUGUUUACGGAGCAGAACAAUUCGUAUAGAAAGGCACAAAGAUACAACACACAUUAAUAACUGCUCUUAAAAUAUUAUACAAAACACAAAAAUAAGAGUAACUAAGGCUGACAAUGAAACAAUAAUUUGUCGCACUAACCGCACUUUUGGUUAGUUGAAGAAUGCAGUUUUUCCGAGAAGAGUUUUGAAUGAGAUCCAAACCCAGUAGAGAUGUUGAGAGUAGAAGCCAGAGAACGCAACAAAAGUUACAAAUAUAACGAACAUAUCCUAACUUCAAACAUCCGUUUCCAAAAAAAAUCCGUACAUCACAAUAGUAAGAAAUCAUAAAUCCAACAACACAAAAACCAUUUAAAAGAAAACCUCUCUGAGACACCGUGUGAUAUCGUAGAAAAAACAAACACAACCAACGUGAGAUAGUAAAGGCAAAGUUCUACAUAUAUUUUUGAAACAUUGAAGAAUGGCAUAUUUUUAUAUAGAGUCGCACUUUUCUGUCAGCACCAGCAAACCCCUUUCCCGAGAGAGAGAGAGAGAGAGAGAAAGAGAAAAGAUCGGUGGUUUCAGUAGAAAAAAAAAGAACCCCGUACUAGGCCUGCCUACGCGAAACCCGUACAUUUACAGCGGCUUUCGACGCGGACGUUCCACUAAAAGCAUUCCUAAAAAUAACCGACAUUUAUACUUAGAGCAGCCUGAAAGAAGUAGAUACUCUCUCCUUCCCAGAAACAAUCAUCGUCAUUGUCUAUAAUCGCAUUUAUCAAUCAUACGAAAAGGAAAAAAAAAACAAACAAACUUUGUUCGUCAUUGUGUGCAAAAAAUAUUCUUAUCCAAAUCAUUGAAACAGUAUUAGUUAGUCACUAACCGUCUCUUAUUACCAUUCCAAUUAAUAGCUAGUACUUUUUCGAACAUCGUGGGUAGUGAAAGUUGUUUUGAGCUUAUUGGAGGAUCAAAAAUGCUCAAAUGUAAAAAUUCAAACAAUUUCAGAACAAUGUGGAAAGUCAUUUUUUACCACUUGUUUUGGGUAAUAUUAUUAAACUUAUUUUGGCGUGUGUCAAACUGCUAAUCAUUUCUAAUACAUAAAAUGAAUUAUUUAUUUUUCUAUAUUUUUUUACAAUUGCUGCUCUGUAGUAUCUUAUGACCGGGUUGCCAGAUCAUACAACUUUGCCAAUUCUAAAGGUGAAUACCUAUAUUUUGGUUAUCCAAAACAAUAUGGUCCUCAAGCCCUGUGUCAAUUCUUAUGUACAAUA